AUUCUGACAAACUCCAAGCAUUGAUUAUGCAGUCAGGAUGCACCCUUUAAAAUGGACAGUCCCGAGGCACCCUUUAAAAUGGACAGUCCCGAGGCACCCUUUAAAAUGAUGGACAGUCCCGAGGCACCCUUUAAAAUGAUGGACAGUCCCGAGGCACCCUUUAAAAUGAUGGACAGUCCCGAGGCACCCUUUAAAAUGAUGGACAGUCCCGAGGCACCCUUUAAAAUGAUGGACAGUCCCGAGGCACCCUUUAAAAUGAUGGACAGUCCCGAGGCACCCUUUAAAAUGAUGGACAGUCCCGAGGCACCCUUUAAAAUGAUGGACAGUCCCGAGGCACCCUUUAAAAUGAUGGACAGUCCCGAGGCACCCUUUAAAAUGAUGGACAGUCCCGAGGCACCCUUCAAAAUGAUGGACAGUCCCGAGGAACCCUUUAAAAAUGAUGGACAGUCCUGAGGCACCCUUUAAAAUGAUGGACAGUCCCGAGGCACCCUUUAAAAUGAUGGACAGUCCCGAGGCACCCUUUAAAAUG